CUCAUUCGUUUUGUCGAGCCCGAACCGGCGACUUUGCUGCUCAAGAGCUGCGGAACCCUCAUGGCACAGGAAGACCAUACCACCGAGUCUGUUCCUUCAGAAGGCCGAUUUUAGCACAACUGGAUUUGCUUUCCAUACUGCACGUCACGUACCAACUCAUCGACCAGGACGACGGGAAAACUCACCAAUACCAUGAAGUUCAACCGCUUCCUCGUAGCCAUGAUGGCCGUCCUCGGUGCUGCCACCGCCGCCACCGCCGACCAACCUGUCGUCAAAACCCCAGCUGAAGCAUUCGAGCUAGUUGCACUACCCGACGGCGUCACGUUCACAGGGGCGACGGAGAAGAUCGAUCCUCCUGCGAAUGCCGCUGCAAUGAUCAAAAAGGAGGCCCAUGACGACAAGAAUGACAGCGACAAUGACAAGGACGACGAGAAGGAGCAAUACGGGUGGGGGCUCGGUGGAGGCCUAAGUGGUCUUGGCGGCUGGGAACUCGGUGGCUGGGGUGGCUGGGGCGGUUGGGAUGGCUAUGGAACCUACCGCUUCGGAUUCAUGUGCGGCGGUGUCCCUGGCUGGGCCUAUCCGUUGGGAUACUGA